AGGACAGAACAAAAAAGUGAGCGAUGGCGUGCAGUUCGUCGACGUGCAAUUCGUCCGGUUGCUACAAAGGGUACAACGAAGAAGAGCGCAAACCAACGACUAGAGCAGCGGUAAAUGGACGCAACAGUCACCAAAACCUGUGUGUAAAGUGCAAGUCCAACGAACCCAUUUGCUGCGGCAUCGAUAGGGAUGAUGCCAAAUUUUGUAGAGAUUGCUUUAAGACCAAUAUCUAUGGGAAGUUCAAGCAGGCUGUUACUUAUAACGCCAUGAUUACUCCUUCUGAUAAAGUUCUCGUCGCUUUCUCUGGUGGCCCUUCCUCCAGGGUAGUUUUGCAGUUUGUUCACGAGAUGCAAUAUAGAGCACAAAGGAAUUAUGAUGCUAGUAAAGAUAAGUCAUUGCCUGUUUUUGGUGUUGGUGUUGCUUUUGUUGAUGAAAGUUCCAUUCAUUCAUUUAGUUCUCAAGAAAUUGAGAAGGCGAUUGAGGAUAUAAGAUCAAUUGUGUCCAAUCUAGCUCCACCGUCGAAAGAGUUAUAUGUUGUUCCCAUUGAGAAUAUUUUCUCUUCAGAUGGUUUUGAUGGUAAGGAAAGAUUGAAGAAGUUAUUAGAUGCUGUUAGUGAUGACACGGGGAAAGAAGAUCUUCUCAUUCAUUUACAGCUGUUAUUAUUGCAAAAGGUUGCUUCUGAAAAUGGGUACACUAGAGUUGUGCUAGGAUCCUGCACAUCAAGGAUCGCUUGCCAUGUUAUUUCUGCCACAGUGAAGGGUCAGGGCUAUUCUUUAUCAGCAGACAUUCAGUACGUUGAUUCAAGAUGGGAGAUCCCUGUUGUGCUUCCACUUCGUGAUUGUUCUGCACAAGAACUCAACACCCUUUGCGGCCUUGAUGGUCUCAAGAUAUUGGAGUUGCUUAAUGGUCCACGCUCUGGCAUCAAUGGCUUGGUAUCAUCAUUUGUUAAAGUGCUGCAGGAAGAAAAUCCUUCUCGAGAGUGCACCAUUGUACGAACAGCUGGGAAGCUCACUCCAUUCCACUUCAACAGGAUUCCAGAAAUCCAUGACUCUAAUGUUCCUUUGGCAACGCGUAGACGACAAAAGAGACAUAGUCUCAAGCCAAAUGGAUCUCUCUCGUCGGAGUCAUUUUGUCCUAUUUGCAAUAGUCCACUUGAUAAAUCAAAUUUAUCAUCGAGUUUGAGCAGUCUUGGAAGUCACCAAAAUUCAGAUAUUUUGGCUGCUGCUUGUUGUUCAAGUUGCCAGUUUCAGAUUCUUCCUAAGGAGCCCUCGUUGUUGGAGCAGUUUGUUUCCCUCCUACCUCAGCCACUGAUCACCAAAGCAAACCAUGGUGAUCAAGGGGAUUUCAGUUUGCUGAGGGAGCAAAUACAAGAUUUUUUGCUUUCAGACGGGGAGGAUGAAAAUUAAAUCAAGCCUGCCCAUUCACAGGGUUGUAACCAUCUUUUUUUAGCAGUUCUUCAUUGCUGGUGUUUGGGUUACUGCUGCAAUUUGCAUGGCUAGGCGGUCCCAAGGGUAUUUAGCUUUUGCUGGCAAAAACCACCAAUGAAGAUUACUUGCUAGUUGCUGCCAUUAGGGAUUUGGCUUACAUAUUUAAUUCAUGCAAUAUUUAUGCGAUACAAGGACUACUAGGCCUGCAUAAAUGUUUGAUGCAAUAAGAAGUAUUGAUUGGAAAAAAAAUGAACAUCUCAUGUAUUGUACACCAGGUCGAUAUAAAUUAUUUGAUUGAGAAAUCUCUUAACAAUGUAAGACUCGUUCUAGUCAUCUGAUCAGUAUCAGCUGUGUUACAUAUCACAGUCUAUGCUUUAUUUGUA